AUGAAUAGCUCUGAGCAUGAAAAUGUUUCCCUCAAAAAAAGCAGAGGAAAGUCCCGCGUGAUUAGUUCACGUUUCCUCUCUCCGUCUCCAUCUUCUUCUCCUAUCCGCAGAAACUCCACUUCCAAUGCAUCGACCAACAACGUCCAUCUCGGUCUGAAAAAGCAUGAUCGGUUGUCAGAUGGCACAAGAGUUUGUUUUAGGACCCCAAAUCAAAGUCAUGGUCCUCAAGUUGACACAAAAGAAAACUGUAAGCCUUCCCCAUGGAUCGAUGAUGAGGAUAAUGUCAUACUUCCUGGCAGAUUUUCCGUUGACGAAUGUGCACUGCACAGAACAUCAUCAUCAUCAAGUAGAACCUCAUCCUCCUCUCUACUGUAUCAUAAUGGUGAAUCUGAUUCAGAGUCGAGUGACGUGUCCUUUGCUUCAACUCGGAGCCAUAAACCUGGUAUCAAAGUCUCUUCUAAAUAUCUGCAUGAUGCAAGAGGAGAACGACCCAACAAUAUGAGGUUACAACAAUAUCUGAAGAGGACUAACUUAGCGGCUAGGUAUGGUGGCGGUUCGAUGUCUGCGUGGGCGCUGUCACCAGGAAGAUCAUUGGACGCAGCUCAUCAGGCCUCGAGCAUAUUUCCAAGUUCGAACCUCAAGCCUCCAAGAGACAAAGGCCUUGGUAAACUACUCAACCUUGGUUUUGAUUUCUUCAGGAGCAAGAAGAAGCCUUCUUCACCGUUAAAACCAAAGACAACAGAGGCUGCUCAUCAGCUGAAACUUAUGAACAAUCGGUUGGUUCAGUGGAGGUUUGUCAAUGCUAGAGCAUCGGCUGCAAACAAUAAUGUAGCCUCCCGAGCAAAUAAACAAUUACUCUGUGCAUGGGAUGCUCUGACCAAAUUACAAAAUUUGGUUCUGCAAGAGAGAAUUAAUCUGCAAAAGAAAAACCUGGAAAUGAAGCUGGCUCAUGUCCUUCUUUCUCAAGUUAAGCAUCUUGAGGAAUGGGAGGACAUGGGAAGACAACACUUUUCAUCUAUUUCCAUGACCAUACAAGUCUUGCAGUCUCUUCUUUCUAGGGUACCCCUAAGGGAAGGUGCAAAGGUGAACAUAGAAUCUGCUGUCACUAUAUUUCAGAGGGGAGAAGCAGUCUCUGAUGCUAUCAUUUCAACUGUGAAUCGUUUUGCUCCUACGACAGAGGAAAUAGUUCCAUUUGCCUCUCAACUUGCUGAAGUGGUGGCAAAACAGAAGCUAAUGCUGGAGCAGUGCCAUGAUCUUUUGAAAGUGACAUCUGAGUUAGAGAUGCAGGAGAGGAGCUUAAAGUGCUACCUUAUGAUUCAACACAAAAAGACUUUGUAUGGAAAACUUGUUCAAGACUAG